AAGAAUGAAAGCCCGUGCUCCUCCUCCACCAAAUCAACCUUCAGCAGCAAGUAGAAUUCAGAGCGGGCACAAGCUACUUUCAGAGGCAGCUGUAAUUUCUGAUCAGAACAUCGUGAGCAUGAAGGAGAACAUGAUAAACAAAUCGGUGGACUUCACAGUUAUUUUACCCAACGGGGUGGAGCAGAAGAGCACAGUACAAGGAAGUAAAGCUGUGAUGGAUCUAUUGGUUGAUUUAUGCAGCCAGUAUCGUUUAAAUCCAUCCCAGCAUAGUCUUGAACUGAAGUCUUCAGAAACUCAACAACUUCUGAGUUACAAGCCAAACACUUUGAUAGGAGCACUGGAUGUACAGACGGUACUUCUGAAGGAGAAGGUUCCUGAAGAGAAGACAAAGCGACCUCUGCCAAGGGUCCCUGAGAAAUCUGUGAGGCUGGUAGUGAACUACCUGAAGACACAGAAGGCUGUGGUUCGAGUUAGUCCAGAGGUGCCUCUCCACAACAUCAUCCCAGCUAUUUGUGAGAAGUGUGAAGUCAGUCAAGAGCACAUUGUUCUUCUGCGUGAUGGCAUCACUGGGGAGGAGCUGGAGCUUACUAAGUCCUUGGAGGAGCUGGGGAUAAAGGAACUGUAUGCCUGGGACAGAAAAAGAGAACCAAGUCGGAAGGCUUCGGUAAGCAAUGAUGCAAUAGAAAAAGAAAAGACAAGACUUCUGGGACUAUUUAAAGCUGAUAGAAGAAGCAGCAAGACAGAAGAACACUUGAGGAUGAACAGAGAUUGUGGUGAGGAGGAUGUUUUUAGUUCUGCAUCUACAAGUGAAGGAAGCUUGGAUGGUUUUUCCACAGCACCAAAUUCCCCAUCGGUGAAUUCUCGUUCCAGUAGCCUGGGUCCAUCACUGUCCCUUGGUAACAUCUCAGGAAUAACAGCAAACCCAGAAGUGAAAAAGCGCAGAGCACCUCCUCCACCAGUUGUGACACCGGUGUUGCAGAGUGUGGAGAUGAGUGGACAAGAAAACACAGCAGCACAG